UUCAGAUUGAGUAUUUAUGACGCCCGAGGAUAUUCUGAACAAAAGUCAAGGAUUUGUGGCUCAAAGCGCUCUUUGACUUUCAACUUACUUGGUUAUGCUGAAUUACUACUAUAUUCUUGGACAAAACCAAAAUCAUGGUCGCCGCAUAUGUUCUCCUCUUUUUUCGUGCUUGAAAAUGGACUUGGAAAUUUUCCACCCAUCAAGUCAUGGAAUAUUUCGUCGUCCAUGAAAACUUCAACAUCAAUCAACGUCAGCUGGGAUGAAUACCCGGGAAAUGAAAGCGUCAGCAAAUACUUUGUGAUUUGCACUGCUAGAAAAGUUUCAUUUGCCUCAACCGAUGGGAAAAAAAAUAGUUUGGUGGUUCAAUACCUGUUAAAAAACACUAAAUAUAAUGUAACAGUACUGGCAAUACUUGGAAAUUCCUCGUGUUUUAACUGCGCAAGAGUUGAUGGGACUAUUUUCAAGAGUCAAGAAGUUAUUGUAAAGACGAGGAGGGACGACGUUCCAAGUACACCGCCUCAACAUGUCAAAGCAUGGACGUCUGGGUCAACUGUUGUUGUUUCUUGGAAGCCUGUUGACAAAGACUUCACAAAUGGUGUAAUUGUUGGAUACUAUGUUUACUAUCGCAAAGCCAGAUGGCAUUCUUGGGUUCUGCCUUUGAAAAAAGUAUACAUAAAGCCUAAUAAAACAAAGGCCUAUCUCAAAUUUUCUUGGAGUUAUGAACGUUACUGGAUCGAAGUAUCUGCCGCCACCAAAUUUGGAGAAGGUCCAAGAAGCAGAAAAAUAUACAUCACGUCACCACUGUAUGUCCCCACAUGGGAUUACACGAGGAUAUGGUGGUAAUAAGCAAAUACCAGCAAGACAGCACUUUCUUUCAAAACCCAAAUGCAGAACCCGAGCAAGGAUUAUAUGGUGAUUGCAAAACUUUAACCUGAGACAAGGCUGAGAGACCAGGCAGUCUCUUGAAGGGAAUUUGGGCAGAGAGAGAGCUAGAGAGCCUGGUACUAAGGGUAACAAAACUUUAUCCCCAAUGCUUUGUGCAUUGAAUGUGUGUGCUUAUAACUAAUAAUUGAUUAGUAAUGGCAUGCUUUAUAGUAAUUUAUGGACUACAAUUUUGGACAAAACUUCUCGAGACUUUGGCAUGAGUUUGGGAUAUUCAUCCACGCUUUUUGUGACUACCCAUGUUCGUCCAUAUUUGUCCUGCUUAAGGUUACUCCCAACUAACGGCGAGUUAGUUUUUAAAAAUCGCUCGCUUCGCAUCAAAAAUGCUCGUAUAGUUCUGAUUUUCACAUAUGUGAUAGAAGGAUUCCACUAUCAGAACUAUCAGAAGGUUUAAAAACCUUCUGGUGGUGUAUUUAAGGUUUUAAUCUGAUGCCGCGAUUGGCACACAAGCCGAU